CCCCGCCCCAUCGAGCAGCAUGACGCACAGACCUUCGUCCGCCGCCCCGCCGAGGGCGCUCCCAGCCAGACCAUCCCGUUCUCCAAGGUCAACCCGGUCCCCACUCGUGCAUCCGCACAGGAGGAGCAGGAGAACCUGAGGUUUGACCAGGAGAACCUGCGCAUCCAGCAGGCGCAGCAGGCGCAGGUCGACAGCCUGAGGCUUCAGCAGGCGCAGAGCGCCGAGCAGUUUGACCAGCAGAACAGAAGCAUCCUCAAGAGCCAGAGGAGUCGGCAGGAGAACCUGCGCUUCCAGGACAACCUCCAGCAGCAACAGCAGCAGCAGCAGCACCAGCUGCAGCUGCAGCAGCAGCAACAACAGCAGCAGCAGCAGCUGUUCGAGCAACAGAACACCCGCGCCCUGCAGAGUCAGCAAGUCCGGCAGGAGAACCUGCGCACCCAGGACAACUUCCAGCAGCAGCAGCCGCAGCAGCAGCAGGUCGCCCCGCAGUUCCAGGCGCAGCCCGAGGACCCCGCCAGCGGCCUGUUCGACGUCGUCCCCGUCAACACCCCGGCCCCCGCCGCCCGCGCCGCCGCCCACAAGGUGCACCGCGGACGCGCCCGUCACCAGGAGGAGCCCGAGCAGCAGGUCGGCCGCGCCCGUCAGCACUCCCGCCGCCUUCCGAUCGCCGCUGCCGUCGCCCCCACCGUCGCCCCGGCGGCCACCCCCGCCGCCUUCGGGGCCACCCCCAUCCGCGUGGCUGACGACGACGCGCGGACCGGGUCGCUCUCCGAGGAGCAGGAGGCUCGCGAGCAGGCCGAGAACGCCCACUACACCUUCGCGUCCGCCAUCGACGACAAGCUGACCGACAACGCGCAGGUGCGCCAGGAGACGCGCGACGGCCUGAACCUGGCCGGGCUCUACUCGUACUCGGACGGCUUCUUCCGCCGCACCGUGCACUACGAGGCCGACGAGAACGGCUACCGAGUGACCAAGGAGGAGGUGGAGCCCCUGGGCGACGGGCCUCAGCCCGACCCCGCCGGCACGGCUGACGUGCGCGCCCAGAUCUCCGGCACGGACUUCGGCUACCGCAUCACCGCCGACGACAUCCGGGAGAAGACCAAGGAGCCCGUCAAGGAGGCGGUGGCCGCCGUCGAGCCUCAGCAGCAUAGGUUCGCCCCUCGUGGCGAGAGGGUCUGAAAGGCGCUAUAGGGAACAUACAUUCGAAAAAAAUUGACAAACAAAGGAACAAAAAGUUGUAGCAGAGAAUGUCUGCACUUUCUUUUUGUGACAGUGCUGUGAUCUUGAGGCAUUUUCUUGCGAUGAAACCCUCUGGGGCGCAACUUCACCUUCACUCCCCCAGUGAGAAACAGUUCUCAGAGCAAUGUGCGAUACUGCCUAGAAUGACUCGUUCGGUCAAAUCAUUGUACGUAUGUGAGGAGCAGGGCUCUCUGACAAGGAAUGUAAGAAAAUGGAAGUCGUUAUCGAUGUAGUUGUUAUUUAUUUUUAUUGCUUCGAAUAAUAUUAUAAAUAAAAACGUUAAGUGAUUAAAGUUGCAACAAUUUUUAAUAGUUGAUCAAUUUGUUAUUAAUAUAAAAAAUACACAAAUUUGUAAAGCACAUAUCACAUGUAAGUAUUAACUACACUAAUUAAUGUUAAUUGAGAAUGAGGAAAUAUUUAGACACUUAAACAGAA